AUGGCAGUUGCUGAACAAUGGCCGCCCAGAUCACCCAUGAAAGCACUGCUUAGUUCACCUAGUGGUAAGAAAAGAUACCGCGAAUACCAAAAUCUACCUCAGCCUUCAUCCUCUCCCAAAAAACUGCUAGGCUCACCGUCACUGCUUGAGAAAUUGCGAGCAGCGAAGGUAGAUCGCGACCAUGAGUUUCUGCAACCACAGAAGGGUCAGAUUGAGGAAGAUGACGAGGACGAGGACGAGGACGAAGAGACAUUGCGGCUGAAGCUAGAUGCGAUCGAGGCAAAGUUGAAGUUAAAGAAGUUACAGCAACAAAAAGCAAAGGGUGUUGAGAAUAUUCGUCCAGAGGAUUCGAGAACUACGGUCACGACAUCUUCUAUUACAGGCCCGAAUGUGGAAGUCGCACUUUCUCCGACUAAGCGCACGGCCGUUCCUUUCCUUCCAAAAUCACCAAGCCGUAUUCGCUUGGGUAUCGAUAAAGGUGUGAGUGCCGGAGAUGUGUCCCUCAAAAGAGCCAAAACUAUCAAUACCAGCCCUGCAAAGCAACGUCUUCACCACGUCGACGGACGCCCCUCCAAGCAGUCAUCAAGCCAUGUUCAGUCCUCGACCACAAGGCCAGCCGGAGCACCUUCUGCUCAUCCAAAAUCAUUCUCAGAUAGAAUGGCUGAGAUGAGAAAUCGGGAACGAUCUCGAGAUCAAAAGUCAUCAGCCAUGCGAGAUGCUAGAGCUUCGCGCUUCAAUGUCGGUAAGACCGAACUUGCGAGCUACCAUGCUGCGUCCGAGGCUGCUUCGAAGGUGGGAGACCCAACACAGAAUAUCGAACGAGAUGAGCAGCCCAGCCACAGUCAACAGACGCCUCCACCCCCUUCAAGGUCGAUAGAGCACUCGCAUAGUAUGCCAACACUACGAUCUUCCUCACUUGCCAAAACCACCUCACAGUUACCACCCUCGACAAAUUGCUCCCCAGCCCAAAACGCAAAUAGAAAGGGAGAUCCUGCUCUGUUCGAGGAUUUCUCUGGAACACACCUUGCAACACGCAUCCUGCCACACACCUUCUUGAAACGCACAUUGCCAACAGAUCAGUUCACCAUAUACAGAAUGCCCAAGCUUUUGAAAGAUGUAACGUCGCCUGAUUACCAAAUGCCAGACGAAGUCACGGAUUAUGUCGUUUUCGGUAUCAUUGCUCACAUGUCUCUGCCUCGCAAUCACAAAGCCAGACAGGCUGACAAGAACACGGUAUCUUCAGCAGAAUGGGAAAAGAAGUGGAAAGAUGGCAGUACCAACAACCAAAAGUUCCUUGUGGUCACUCUGACCGACUUGAAGUGGUCAGUUGAACUUUUCCUCUUCGAUACCGCUGUACCACGUUACCAUCGACUCACGCCCGGUACUCUGAUAGCAAUCCUCAAUCCAGGUAUCAUGCCCCCAAAGAAAGGUCUCGAAGACACGGGUGCCUUCUCCUUGACACUGCACGACGGUGAAGACCAGAUCCUCGAGAUUGGUAAAGCAAAACAUUUCGGAUACUGCAAGGCUGUAAAAAAAGACGGUCACAAAUGUCCACAAUGGGUCAACGUCUCAAAGACACAUUAUUGCGAAUUCCAUGUCAACGCUCAAAUCAAUCGAACACGGAGUUCUCGUAGUGGAAUCAACUCAAUGGACGCCUGGCAACCAGACAAACCUCCCCAAAAGCAAUCACAAAACCGUAAAGGUUUCGACCACGAAUCGCAAUCCUUCUACUACUCUGUUGGUGGAGUGAAACCACAAAAGCAAAAAGAAGAUCGAUGGAGUUUUGCUCCCACAGCCAACUCAAGCCUGAGCACUGCAAAGCUACUAGAUGCCUCCAACCUCGACGAUCCUUACCUAGCCGAGGGCCAAAUGUUAGAAAGAGACCAGCAAGACAGACUUCGAAAGCGCAUGGCUGACAUGGCACGAGAACACGAGAUUGUGAAGAAACUAGGCGCUUUUACAGGUUCCGCUGGUGGUCAGUACAUGAAACAAAGGACAGAUGAGACUGAUAUAUCUCGUUCUGGUCCCACAUCGAAACCUAAGGAGAAUCCUGGAUCCGGUAUCACCAAGGACGAUAUCCUUGUUGGUCGUCCUGGUCAAACGACGAGCAAGAAGCGGACGGCGGAAAGUGUUCGGCUGAGUCCCGUCAAGAAGAAGACUAGAUUUUUGAUGGAGACGGGUAUUAAAGAGGCUGGUAGGGAGAGUCUCGGGCCUAGUGCUGGAUUUGAUGAUGAGGACGACGACGAUGACUUGGAAGUUAUUUAG